AGUUGUUGGGUUAAGUGAACCCUGAAUACAAAAGCAAUAAGUUUGACUUUGAGAAACUCAGUGGAGCAUGGGCUUGUGUUUUCCUUUUGCGAUUAUUAUCACAAGCUGAUAAAUCCCCCCCAAAACAAGUGCGUGUUCCGCGUGUUAAAUAACUGCAAUCGAGGUUGGCCAUUUCCAGGGAUUAGGAUUUGAAAUCCUUCUCUCAGCAUUCUUGAUGGAGUCCUAUAAAGUCGGUGGUCUUCCAAAUACUGGACUACAGUCGAGCUACACUCACCCUGCACGUGCAAGAAGCCAAAACAACAGCAGCUAUGGCCUCAGUAUCAGGGUUCAAGGCAUAGAUGGACAUCCAUAUGUUGUUCUGAAUAACCAAGACAGAGGGCUCAAUCCUUAUGCAGCCCCCAAUAGCAAUAACGGCUACAAUGACUCUGAAGGGUCCUUUAUUGACGACUAUAAGGAUUAUAACUUCAAAGCACCCAUAGAAAAUCUCUCUGAAAACCCCUUUGCAGAAUUCCGAGCCCAGCAUCAGAUUCCAUACGUCAACCCUUACAGUGACCUCUCUGACUCCAGAGACACUCAGGCAAAGAAACCUAUACUAAACUGUCAGAAGCAUCCAGAGAUCCUCCAACCUUAUGACCCGAAGCGCAAUACCUUCGGUAACGUCCAGGCAACUUCUCCUCAACCUGAGAGUAGAAAUACAUAUCCAGAGUCUUUACCAAAAACAGAAAAAAUCUCUCCAGGUUUCAAAGCAUCCGAUCCAGAGCAACCCAAAAGCACAGAUCCACCAGCACAGGACACAAGAAAAUGGGCUCAACCACAGGCUAACCCUCAAACAUACCCAUUUAGAGUCCAGCCUCAAAAGGAUUUACCUAAAGCCCAGACUCGGCCUCAAGCUAAACCUCAAGUCCAAGCACAACCCUCAUUCAAACCUCAAUCUCACUCCCAGGUUCAACCACAGUCCACUUUCCAAGGUCCCUCCCAGGUAUCCCAGAAUGCCCAACGGCUUCCGGUUCCUCAGGUUUCUUCCAACACCAGCGUUCCCAGUGAGCCGUCCUCCUACAGGUCUCCAAGUACAACAAGCAGCACAAACUCCAGUCUGGAGCGAAGGCACAGAGAGCCAGACAUACUUCCUUUACGAAGAACCGACUCCAGCGGCCCUGUGCUUCAGUCAUCACGCUCACGCAAUUCUUCCAUAUCCUCUACCACCCCUACCAAGGAGGAGCAGUUAGAGGCACUAUAUGGGGACAGCAUUAAUCGCCAUGAAAACCGCCGCUAUAUCCCUUUUAUGCCUGGAACAGGCCGAGACAUUGACACAGGCCCCAUCCCAGGUGUGGAUGAGCUUAUCAGUAAGUUUGAUGGAAAAGAUAGCCAGAGGAGAGGACGCACAGGACGGAGGAAUCGUAUCAACCCAGAAGAUCGCAAACGUUCUCGUAGUGUUGAUAGUGCCUUGCCUUUUGGCCUGCAAGGUGAUGCCGAGUACCUGGAUGAGGUGAGCCGUAACCGAGGACGGUCCAACGAGCAUCUGCUCAGGCCCUCGCAACUUGUGCACAAGUCCCCAUUUUCCUCUUUUGGACGGAGGACGGUCUACAGAGAAGUGUCACGGAUGAGCAGUGAACCGGCCUCUCCGCAAGGAGCAAUGCCCAGUGUAACAGAUUCCAUCCUAGGCUACAAGAAACCGCUGAGUCGACCCUCCAUUCUGCCUGUGGAGAACAAAGGAACAGAGGUCAAGAAAAUAACACAAAGUACUAAGACUGUGACCAGUGUGGCUACAACAUCAUUGUCCAGAGCUGUUCCAAACCACAGUAAGAAGACAAAUGAAAUGGUUGCUGAGACAACACCUGAUCUUCUGAAAGGCCAACAAGAGCUGUCACAACAAACGCAUGAAGAGACUGCAAAGCAGAUUUUAUUCAAUUACCUCAAAGAUGGGAGCAGCGACAGUGACGACACCACCAAGAGGAAGGUCAACCUAGUGUUUGAAAAAAUCCAGACACUGAAGUCACGGGCUACAGGAAGUGUGCAAGCGGACAACAGAUCACCAGACCUUUCAGCCCAGGCCAGAGCCUUGCAGGAGCAGAAGGCAGAACUGGAAAAAGAGGUCGCAAGUCUUAAAAAGCUGCUGGAGGAUGAAAACCAGAAACAAAAGGGACUGAGUGAAAAACAGGAAAAGGCUGGAGCUGGCAUCAAGAAACUGCAGAAAGAGCUGGAAUUUAAUCAGACUGAAUGUGACAAACUGCAGGACAAGCUGGCCAAAGCCGAGGCUGAUCUACGCACCACACUGGAAGAGCUUUUCCAGGUGAAGAUGGAGAGAGAACAGUAUCAGACAGAGAUCAGGGACCUGCAGGAUCAGCUCUCAGAGAUGCAUGACGAGCUGGAUGGAGCAAAACACUUGCAGUUAGACAGUGCAGAGAAGGAGUCCAUGAUGGAGGACCUCAUGAGGUUGAAGUUGGAUCUACAGGAAAUGGUGAUGGUGAAAGAGGAGCAGGAGGAUUUGCUGAGGAGGCGUGAGAGAGAGCUGACUGCUCUAAAGGGGGCACUAAAGGAGGAGGUGUCCACUCAUGACCAGGAGGUGGAUAAACUAAGGGAGCAAUACGAAAAGGAGAUCCGUAAACUUCAGGGAUCUUUGGAGGAAGUUAAGCAGAGUAAAGCAGCAGUGUCUAAAGAGAAAUCGGACGUGGAGGCUGCGAAAGGGGCGGCAGAGGGCCAGGCAGGACGGCUCUCGCAGGAGGUCGAGAGGCUGAGGAGGAGAGUGCAAGAGCUGGAGAAUGAGGUGGCCAAACUCAACCGCAUCAUCGACGAGGCCAAGCUGCAGGAGAGCAAGCUAGAGGAGAAAGCCAGACGUCUGGAGAGAGAGAAGAGGCAAGUUGAGGAGUCUCUCAAUGAGGUCAAGGAAGAAGAAGAAGAAAUGAGCCGUGCAAAUCGAGCUCUAUCGGCACGGUUGGAAGACGUGCAGAGAAACUUGACCAAACUGACCCUGGAGCACAAAGAGCUGGAGGAACGUCUGAAGGAAGAAAAGAGUCAGAAGGAGAAGUUUAAAAACACAAAGAACGAGAUUGAGGAGGAGAGGAGACUGCUAGACAGGACUGUGGAAAAGCUGCAGAGGGAGAUGUGUGAGAUCGUGGAGGCAUCUCAGAGCUCCACACAGGAGUUGCAGGAGCAGAUCGACACCUACAAGGAGAAAAACAGGAAGGAGCUGGCCGAGCUCCAGAGGCAGCUGCGAGAUGGAGGUCUGGAGCUCGAGAAAUCUCGCAUCACUGCCAAGUCUCUUCAGGAGAAGGUUGGUCAACUGGAAGAAGACCUGUGGCUUUGUAAGAGAGAGAGAGACGAGGCAGAAGAGCAAGCGAAAACUUUGCAACAGAAGGUCUUUGCACUGGAAGUGGAUGCAGACACUAAAGUGCAGAAUAACGACAAAGCCAGACAAGUCAAACUGUUAGAGGAGCAGGUAUCUCAUCUGCAGAUGGAACUGGAUGAGGAAAGACAGAAUGGGGACCUGCUGAUGGACAGAAUAGAUCGAGGCAGAGAACAGAUGGAGCAGUUGAGGAGUGAGCUGCUGCAGGAGCGAGCCAGCAAACAAGACUUGGAGUGUGAUAAGAUUGCCUUGGACAGACAGAAUAAAGACCUGAAGAGCAGAAUAUCUCAUCUGGAGAACUCGCAGAAGUCUAGUAAAGAGGGGCUAGUGGCCCAGCUGGAGAGCCGUAUCCAGGAGCUCGAGGAGAGACUGGAAGCAGAAGAAAGAGACCGUGCAAACCUGCAGCUGGUGAACCGUCGGCUGGAGCGGAAAGUGAAGGAGAUGGUGAUGCAGAUGGAUGAAGAGCAGCAUUCGCUACAGGAUCAGAAAGACCAGCUGAACCUGCGUCUGAAGGCUCUGAAGAGGCAGAUGGACGAGGCAGAGGAGGAGAUUGACCGGUUGGAGCACAGUAAGAAGAAACUACAGAGGGACCUGGAGGAGCAGCAGGAGGCCAACGAGCAGCUCCAGAAUCAGCUCAAAGCCUUACGCAGUGAAAUGAGACGAAAGAACAGCUCAGCUCCCCUCAUUAACAACAUGAAUGAUGAUGACGAUGACGACGACGACAUCAGCACUGACGGAGAGACCUACUUCAGCUCGUCGUCAGGGUAUAAACGCUCCAGCAGUCAGGACGGCUUCAUCAACACGUUGUCUCUCUGAGUGAGGACUGAGAAGGUUUAUUCUAAUGUAAUAUAAUGUAUUCUAAGUACAUUUAUAAACGAUCAAACUACAUCCUGUUGAAGCUGUGCCUGUACAAGAAACAAUGUUAAAGUCCGAUGAUGAUGAUGAUGAUGAUGAUUUAAGGUGUGAAAUUCUGUAAUUUAUUAAUCACCGGGGGUAUGAAGUAUUGAAAUAUGGAAGGGUGGUAAAUACCACUGAACUGUUUAAUCUUCAUGGGGGUUCUAUUACUCGUUUUUUAUAUAAAAGUCUAUCCAACAGACGGUUCCUUGUUCUUAAACAAAACAGCUUUUGUCUCUUUUUUUUUUUUUUUUUUUUUUUUUUUUUUUUUAAUAAAGCAGUUUUAAUGUUACUUCUCUCUCUCUCUCUCUCUCUCUCUCCUAAUAGAAACUGUCUUAUGCUGCUCUGCCUUUUAUUUUUAAUUGCUUUUGCAGUUUCUCGUUAAUGACCUGUUAACCUCUUCAGAGCUCUGUGCUCCACUGAACACUCAUGCAAAAUGUAAAAUAAUAAAAGCCCAUGAUGUGAAGUGAGGUUUCGACACAGUGUGCUAUGAAGCAGGAAGCAGGUUUCAUCCUGAGGCUUAAAAAAAACAGUGUUAUGACUGUAAUAUAAACAUUUGACACACAGUGUUUUUCAUAUUCGAUACCUUUAGCAUUUAUCUGUGUCUGUGGGAGCUUAAAAUCUGCAUUCGUGUUAAAGCAGUGGUUAUGUUUAGUGUUUGAAUCGUUUGUGAAGUCAGCUCAAAUGGCCAAUAUGACCGUUCCCUUCUCAGUCAAGUCAGCUGGAGUGUGUCCGCAUGUGUGUGUGUCUGUGUGACUAUGUGGUUGUGUGUGUGCGCUCAUGUAUGCAUGUGUGUACGUCUAUGUAUUUGUUUGUGUGUGUUCAUGAGUGCACGUGUGUGUGGCUGGGUGGGCGGAUGCAUGUGUGAUGAUAUGAAACUGGAGUGAUUGUACAUUAUGAAGCACAAUAUCCACCUCUUAUUCAUCAGCAAAGAACAGAGAAGCAGAAAGCCUCAGAUUGAUGGCUCAGCUGUGCAGGUGGGAGUAAUGCUGUUAUGUUUGGAACAGUGAAGGAAUGUCAGCGUCUCAGAUAUGUUGUAAUCUUUAUGAGUGAUCACUGUGAUUUAUUAAUUUAGCCUAGAGGUCCACUAGUUCAGCUUAUUAGGUCUGUGUGGGGUGAGCUGGUGUUCAAACAGAGAAAACACUUGGGCUUGAGUAUUGCUGCAGGUCUGCAACACUCCCACUUUAAACAAUGAUGGACUGGAAUGAACAUGAGUAACCUUUAUCAGUGAGCAGGGUAAACUCUUCUGUUUGAUCUGGUUUAUUAUACAUAUCCACUGCUAAAGCACUACCCUGAUUUAUUAUGGGAGUCGUCCUCUGUCAGUUUUAUUACGGAUUUUUUUUUUUGUGUUGACAAUCAACUUUUUUCUUUUCUUUUGCAAUACACUGUGAUUAUUUGCACUGUACAUUGUAUCAGACUUUUUAUUUUGACUUCUGAGAGAGCAUUCCUCUUGUUAAAUCCCAAAUUUUUGAUUCCUCUCCGUGAAGGAAUUUGCCCAGCAUGCUACACAUUUUACUCUGCAGUCGAGUAACUCGCACCUAUUCAUGUCUUUUUGCUCAGUAAGGCAUUGCUUUGCAUGAAGCCAGUUAGGUUUGGGGCCAAAAUUUUAUUCUUGCUCAGCUGUUCGAGAGUGUGCUAAAUGCUGGCCACAUUCCUGCACAAUAAAACUUUUAAGGAAUCACAUCUUUUAUAAACCAUUUUUAUUUGAAUUUGUACAAUGGGACAAAAGGUUGUCUUAAUGGGGAGGAAAACGGAACGAAUCCUGCCACUACCUCUAUGUAUGCAUUUAUAUUUUGUAGACUAAAAAAAGUGAAAUAAAGCCACAAAUAGUUAA